AUGUCCGAACCCAAGUCCGUCUCCAAAUUCAAAGUGGAGCGCAUCAAUCUACUUAAUUUCCUCAAACAGCAAGCUCGCCUUAUCAGACAACAGCCAGAGCCGACAACCAUCAACGAGGUCAAGGCCAACCUGACUGUGCAUGUCCUUGAGCAUUUGAAGCGAGUCACCGAAGCUGCUGUGGAUAUGGCUAGCGCGGCAGGAGACCACCACUUUGUCGCUUCCAGGCCACCCGGGUUCUAUGAUAUUGAAGUCCCGAUGAUGUGUAAUGCACUGAAGAAGAGAAUGCCAUUCAUGGUCGCGAGGCUGGGUUUGAACGGCAAAUGCGAUAUGUGUAUUCACUACAUCAUCGAGAACAUUCUGGUUGACAUAGGAUUCUAG